AUGGCUUUCCUUCUGAUGAUGAUGUUCUGGGCCAUUCUCUACAUGCUUGCCUUCGCCCAUCAAAAGAUCACUGCUCUUGCCUUUGAGAUUGUCCGUCUGCGUGAUCAGGCUCAAGAGAUCGCCAACAAAUACCAGCGCCUGGGAGAGGCAGGGCAGCAGGCAGCAUUGGAGAGGUUCUGGACCAGGCUCAAGAACAUUGCAGGCAAGAUGCACGGUGCACCAGAGGAACUGCUCUCGAACCUGAGGAACAAUCCUCUCAACACCACAGCCACAGUCAGCUUGUUCUGCAAAGUUGAGCUUUGUUGCGUCCGAGAAUACUUGGAGAACCUGGAGCAAACGCAUCACUCAGCCUUUAAGAUAACGCGCAUGCUCAAUCAUGCCACUGAGGUGGAGACUCUCCUCGACAAGAAUGAUCAAGCUUGCGAGAGGCCUAUUGAGUACCAGCAAUGCGUAGCGAACGUACUGGAGCUUGUCGACAACGUCGCUCUGCAAUUUGAGCACAUCUGGAAUGAAUGGCUGGAAGAUGCAACCGACAGGGAAGACAGCCAUGACCACGCUGGCCCUGAGCUCUUCCGCCCCGGAUUUAAUAAUCAGGAGUUCAGAACAGCGAUGGCUGGCAUUGUGGCUGGGCUUUGUCCCACGUUGUUCCAAAAGUCCAGAUCGUGA